UAUUUAUUUUCUUUUAGAGUCAAAUAGAAUCUGUUUUCUUUCACUAGAUCUAAGUCUAGAUCUAGACCUAAAAGAAUUAAAGUUAAAGAAAAAUCAAGUGAUUACUAGGAGCAAGAGUUUAUUUGAACAGUUUUUUCAAGCAACACAGAAAUGGGAAUUAUAGGUUUACAAAACAAUAACAAGAAAGCAUUCAAAAGCCAAAAGUCAACUAGAUGGCAAAGACAGUGCAAAGCAGAAAAGAAGAAAAAUCUUCCAGCUGCAUCACUAGACAUAGACAAUAUCCAUUUGUUUAGCAAAGAAAAAUUAAAAAAUAAAUUGAAAAAUCCUAAAAACAACAUAAAAAUCUCUGGCAAGAAGUUUAGGAGACUGACAAAAAGACUGGGGCAUCGAAUUAGAGAAAAAUCACAGAUGGAGAUUGAGGCCGCAGAGAAAACGUCCAGAUCAGAUUUAAAGCCAGAGGAUGAGGUAAUGCAGGAUGCUGGAGAAGAGGCAGUCACUGGCACACAGAUUACACCUCCAGCUCUACCAUCAUCGUCCUCAUCAUCAAGAAAGAAGAAGCGAGGAGGGAAGAAACACAAAAAGAAAACAGCGGAGCAGGCUGGAGGCAGUGAAGGGAAAAUGUUUCAGGAAGAGGAGGGGUGGGAGGAUGUGGACAUGGAGUAAAUUUUCUUCUCUGGUAUUAAAGUGU